UUAUGAAAAAGGAAAAAAAGGAAAGGCAUUGAAAAUAACAUCAGCAAACAGAGUCUUCCCCACACCAUCUCUCCCACAAGAGAAUGAGCCCGUUGAUGUUCCUCUACAACCGAACACACCCCGCCACCACCCAAGGCUAACGUACGCCCCCUCCUUACCCUGCGCCUCACCACCCCGUCUUUUUUUUCCCCAUUUUCCUUUUUCCCUUCUUAAGCACCGCGUUUAACCGUUACUUCCCCACUCAGAUUCGGAGGAUCGGAGCGAGGUUGGCGGUUCCGGCGUUGGAGGCCUUAGGGUUAGGGUUACCGAGCGAUGUGGUAUGAUCCUGGCAUUGAUGAAUCUGUUCUCGCUGUGUUGGAAGCCGUUCGGGCGCGAUGCUGAUCGAUACGAUUCCAUCGGAGUUAUCGGGAGCAACUUCGCCGGGAGAGAAGGCAGAGAAGGUUUGCUCUGGUUCCGCGACGUCGGAAAAUAUGCCUCCGGCGAUUUCUCCAUGGCCGUAGUUCAGGCCAACCAGGUUCUUGAAGACCAGAGCCAGAUCGAGUCCGGUCCUCUCGGCACAUUCGUCGGCAUAUACGAUGGUCACGGAGGACCCGACGCCUCCAGAUAUGUUUGCGAUCACUUGUUUCGCCAUUUUCAAGCAACGUCGGCUGAGUCACGCGGGCUUGUUACAGCGGAAACAAUUGAAAGAGCAUUUCGCCAGACGGAAGAUGGAUACACAGCCCUCGUGUCAGGUUCCUGGAAUGCUCGACCUCAAAUUGCGAGUGCUGGUACCUGUUGUCUAGUUGGAGUGAUAUUUCAACAGACACUCUUUGUGGCAAACGUUGGAGAUUCCCGUGUUGUAUUGGGUAAGAAAGUUGGCAACACUGGAGGUAUGGCUGCAAUUCAGCUGUCUACAGAACACAAUGCAAAUCUUGAGGCUGUUAGACAGGAACUUAAAGAAUUACACCCUCAUGAUCCUCAAAUUGUGGUCCUCAAACAUGGAGUGUGGAGAGUAAAAGGCAUUAUUCAGGUUUCUAGAUCUAUAGGUGACGUAUAUUUGAAACAUCAACAAUUUAACCGGGAACCACUUAAUGCAAAAUUCAGACUUCCUGAACCGAUGCACAUGCCUAUCCUGAGUGCUAAUCCCACUAUUCUUUCUCAUCCUCUGCAACCAAAUGAUUCCUUCCUUAUAUUUGCAUCAGAUGGGUUAUGGGAGCACUUGAGUAAUGAGAAAGCUGUGGAUAUUGUAAACAGCAAUCCACAUGCGGGUAGUGCGAAGAGACUUAUCAAGGCUGCCCUCCACGAAGCAGCAAGAAAACGAGAAAUGCGGUAUUCGGAUCUGCGUAAGAUUGACAAGAAGGUUCGACGCCAUUUCCAUGAUGAUAUAUCUGUUAUUGUUUUAUUCUUAAAUCACGACCUUAUUUCCAGAGGCACAGUGCUAGACUCGGCACUUUCACUUCGAAGCGCUCUCGAUCACUGACGUGUAUCAUUGUAAGCAGUAAGCAGUCUUGUACGAGUUUUUCCCAUAACUGAAGAAGAUACGUCCAUUCGUAGGUACCUGGCUACAAUAUGCCAUUGUGGCGCAUUUGGCUUCUAGUAUCCACACACAUCAUUCUCAGGCACUACAGUUUAUUAAGUUAUAACAUAUUGUUAGAAAUUUAUUCGUCAAGAGGAAAAAAUAAAAAAUAAAAACAAAAAACACAGAUAUCUUAUUCCCUUUCCUAACCUUAUAGUUUUACCCCAAACACUGGAUUUUAUUUAUUUCUUUAUUUUUUUGGCUUCAUAUAAGCUAAUCAAGCAGUAUGUUCAUUGAGUCCAAA